UGUGGACCGUGGUGGCCCUUGACUUGGGACCUUCGCCCUGCACCACCUUGGUCCAGGGCAAGUUUUUUGGAUACUUCUCCUCUUUUGCCGUCUUCCCGUUGAACGCUUCCCGCUGCAAUUGGAUUAUCCAGAACCCCGAUCCUAGGAGAUACACAUUGUACAUGAAGGUUUUGAAGCCCUCGGGUCUCUGCGACCACCAGCAGAUACGCACGUACCAAUUUGACUCCUUCUUGGAGUCCACACGGACGUACCUGGGCAUGGAAAGCUUUGAUGACGUGUUGAACCUUUGCGACGGUUCUACCCGCUACGCCUUCCUCCAGUCAAACAAGCAGUUCCUCCAGAUGAAGCAGACUCUGUCCAAAGUGGACAGCGGGUGGAUCAGGUGGAAACCGGCCAAGAUUCAGGAAAGAGACUUCUCGGUUGAGUAUCUUGUGGUUGGCAACAGAAGCCCUAGCAAAGCCGCUUGCCAGAUGCUGUGUAAAUGGCUGGAUACUUGCUUGACCACCAGCAGCAGCUCACACCCUUGUGGCAUCAUGCAGACACCAUGCUCUUGUUUCAGUGGAGAGGUGCUGGAUCAACCCAGUGAGAUCUUUGGCUUAACCAAAAAGCAGGACAAUUGUUUUAAGGAUGGGAUUUACCUGGAGAAUUGCAUGAGUUCUACCAAGGACACCACUGGGCUGGAUUUCUUGG